AUGUAUCUCAUAUUCAGAGGGACCCCACGCGCCGAAUACAAGGCCUCAUACGCAGCGAGAGAUAUUGUCUACCUUUUGAUCUCAACCGGGUCGACGCCUAGCACAAGCGGCCUCACUCGGUUAUGUCAUCAGCCUGCGCGGGUUUGUCUAUCAAAUGCAUGGAAAACUACUUGUUCAAUGAAUUAUACACCUCAACAUCGCUUCAAAUUCUAG